UGGGAGGGAGAGGAGAUGAGAGAACCACCCAAACUUCCCAAACCACCCUAUCAAGCUGCGCUCUUGGAAUUGGACCCCUCCCUUGUCCACCACCUGAGAGCAGAACAAAACAGUUGUGCCUCAGAGAGGAGUGAGGGAGACAGAGAGAACUAAACAAAGAACAGGUGAGAGCGUAAAGAGAAGACCACUGAACUUUUUCUUUGAAUGAAAUCGCCUCUCAAACAGAAGAAGACACGGAGAUCGUGGUGUGUGUCUUUUUUUUAAAGAAUAAGUGUGAAAAAGAGACUGGAGAAAAGGUGAACCUGAACUCUCUGGAGAGCCUGUGUAUCUGGAACAACAAAGCAAUGCGCUCACUGUCUCUGGAUUGAAUGAACUCGACAUAAAGAGAAUCCACACGCACUUGUGUGAGGAAACUGGAAACCAAGAUGUGGACAAAAGAUGAAGAAUGAGAUGAAGAAAAGGAAACCAGGGAUUUCAGGAUUGCCUGGACACUGUUUAAAUCCUUUUUUCAAAGUCUUGAACCAAGGCUAGUGGUGCUUUUUAUUUUUUAAUCUUCUGAGCCCACCGUUGAACCAUCAUGUAGUGUCUCCUUGCUAGUUCUGAGGACGGCCAGGUUUUGACGGGACUACCAGGAAGUGGUAGAGAUCGUGGAGAUAUGUCUCUAGAAGAUGUGAGGAGCACCAACAGUCUCGGGGCUGAGAGCGGUGCUUCAGACCCCUGCGAUGGCCAGUCUCUGAGCCAUGGACAGGACCAGGAUGUGGAGAACCAGAGCCAGGGCCAGGACGGGAUCUUUCUGGAGCGUAUGGCCUCUCUGUCCAUGGACAUGUUUGAACCCAGUGACUUCACUGGGAGGUUCAGUAAGAUCCAGUCGAGGUCCAGAAAACGGAUGAGAAUCAUAGCCUCUCCCGUGGGACUGAAGCCACCACUCCCGCCAGUCAGUGGAACCUUGGGAGAGAGGAAGGGUCCUGUCGCCAUGGCGCCUGUUAACGUGGACCCUGAGAGUAAGCCGGGCGAGUUCGUCCUGAAGAGCCUGUUUGCCAACUUCACCUUGCUCUCAGAACGCAAGAUUCGCAUCAUCAUGGCCGAACCACUGGAGAAGCCCCUUAACAAAUCUCUACAGAGAGGAGAGGACCCACAGUUCGACCAGCUGAUCAGCUCCAUGAGUUCUCUGGCAGAGUACUGCCUGCCAUCUAUCCUGAGGACUCUGUUUGACUGGUACAAGAGGCAGAACGGCCUGGAGGAUGAGUCCCAUGAGUAUCGACCCAGGGCCAACACUAAGUCCAAAAACGAUGAGCAACAGAAGGACUACCUACUGGAGAGGAGAGAUUUGGCGAUAGACUUCAUCUUCUCUCUAGUGCUUAUAGAGGUGUUAAAGCAGAUCCCCCUCCAUCCUCUCUUGGAUGGACUCAUCCAGGAAGUUAUAAACCUGGCCUUCAAGCACUUCAAAUACAAGGAAGGGUAUCUGGGACCCAACACAGGCAACAUGCACAUAGUGGCUGACCUCUACGCUGAAGUGGUGGGAGUCGUUGCUCAGUCCAGGUUCCCAGCAGUGAGGAAGAAGUUCAUCUCUGAGCUGAAGGAGCUGAGGCAGAAGGAGCAGAGCCCCUACGUCAUCCAGUCCACCAUCAGCCUCAUCAUGGGACUCAAGUUCUUCCGCAUUAAGAUGUACCCGGUGGAAGACUUUGAAGCCUCCUUCCAGUUCAUGCAGGAGUGUGCACAGUAUUUCUUGGAAGUGAAGGACAAAGACAUUAAACACUCACUAGCCGGACUCUUUGUGGAGAUACUUGUACCUGUCGCUGCUACCGUGAAGAAUGAGGUGAACGUGCCGUGUCUCAGAAAUUUCGUAGAGAGCCUGUACGACACCACGCUGGACCUGUCCUCCAGGAAGAAACACUCUCUGGCUCUGUAUCCUCUGGUGACCUGCCUGCUUUGCGUCAGUCAGAAGCAGUUCUUCCUCAGCCGCUGGCACAUUUUCCUCACCAACUGCCUCUCAAACCUCAAGAACAAAGAUCCCAAGAUGGCUCGUGUGGCUCUGGAGUCUCUCUACCGCCUGCUGUGGGUCUACAUGAUCCGGAUAAAGUGUGAGAGCAACACUGGAACACAGAGUCGUCUGACGUCCAUCACCUCCACUCUCUUCCCCAAAGGGAGUCGUAGUGUGGUGCCCAGAGACAUGCCCCUCAAUAUUUUUGUCAAGAUUAUCCAGUUUAUUGCACAGGAGAGACUGGAUUUCGCCAUGAAAGAGAUCAUAUUUGACCUGCUCAGUGUUGGAAAACCUGCCAAAGCCUUCAGUCUCAACCCAGAGCGUAUGAACAUAGGUCUGCGGGCGUUCCUGGUGAUAGCAGAUGCUCUGCAACAGAAGGACGGAGAGCCUCCUAUGCCCAACACGGGAGCCACCCUGCCCUCUGGAAACUCCCUGAAGAAGAAGAAGACUUAUCUCAGCAAGACGCUUACUGAGGAGGAAGCCAAACUAAUAGGCAUGUCCUUGUACUACUCCCAGGUGCGAAAGGCUCUGGACAGCAUCCUCAGACAUUUGGACAAGGAGGUGGGACGUUGCAUGAUGCUCACCAGCGCCCAGAUGCUCAACAAAGAACCAGAGGAUAUGAUCACUGGUGAAAGGAAGCCUAAAAUCGACCUGUUCAGGACAUGUGUGGCUGCCAUUCCUCGCAUCCUUCCUGAUGGCAUGUCCAAACCUGAGCUCAUUGACCUGCUCUCACGACUUACAGUGCACAUGGACGACGAGCUUCGUCUGAUUUCCCAGAACUCCCUGCAGAGCCUGUUGCUGGAUUUCUCAGACUGGAGGGAAGACGUCCUGUUUGGCUACACACAUUUCCUUCUGCGUGAGGUCCAAGACACCCAUCAGGGUCUGCAGGAUGCAUCUGUGAAGCUUCUCCUCCAGCUGCUCACACAGUGGAGGUUGGCUCUGCAGCUCCAGGGGAAGAUGCGCGGUGGAGUUGAGUCAAGCCCCAGGCUGCCGGAGCGAAGCCCUCACUGCUCAGUGCUCCAUGCGGUUGAAGGCCUGGCUCUGCUGCUCCUCUGCUCUUGUCAGAUCAGCACGAGGAAGCUGGCCGUGGGCGUGUUAAGAGAAAUACGUUGCCUCUUCACAGCUCUGGGUCAUGCCGAGGACGAUGACAAACCCAUGAUCGAGGUCAUGGACCAGCUGAGCCCAGCUGUAAUGGACAGCUUUGUUCAUGUGGCGGUUUCUGACUCAUCCACCUUGCCACUCAACCACCACGUUGACCUCCAGUGGCUGGUGGAGUGGACGGCUCGACUGGUGAGCAGCUCCUACGACGUGAAGAGCCCGAGCCACGUCUGGAUCUUUGCUCAGUGCUUGAAGGACCCAUGGGUGCUCUGUCUGCACAUCUUCUUGCGGCAGGAGCACCUGCCCAAACACUGCCCCACUGCCCUGGGAUACGCCUGGCCCUAUGCUUUCACGCGGCUACAGCUGCUGCUGCCACUGGUUGACCCCAACAGCCCAGUGAAUGCUAAGAAGACCAACACAGCAGGCUCCAGUGACAGCUACAUCUCACUGUGGCGUAACUACCUGAUUAUGUGUCUAGGCGUCGCUAAGCCGAGCAUCAUGUCUCCGGGCCACCUCAGAGCUUCCACACCAGAGAUAACAGCCACCACGCCCGACGGCAGUGUCACCUACGACAACAAGGUGAUAGGCACUCCCUCAGUAGCCUGGCUUCUAAAGCAGCUGGUCCCGCUGAUGAGAGCUGAGAGCCUGGAGAUCACAGAGUCUCUGGUGCUGGGGUUCGGAUGCACAAAUGCUCUGGUCUUCAGGGAGCUAGUUGAAGAACUCCAUCCACUGAUGAAGGAAGCACUGGAACGUAGGCCUGAGAACAAGAAGCGCAGAGAAAGGAGGGAUCUUCUCAGGCUGCAGCUGCUGAGGAUCUUUGAACUGUUGGCCAACGCAGGAGUCAUCAGUGACAGCACCAAUGGAGCACUGGAGCGUGACUCCCUGGCGCUGGGUGCCUUGUUCCUCGAGUAUGUGGAUCUAACCCGGAUGCUUCUGGAGGCUGAGAACGAGAAGGAGCUGGACGUGCUCAAGGACAUCAGAGCCCAUUUCAGCGGGAUGGUGGCCAAUCUCAUCCAAUGUGUCCCUGUCCACCACAGGCGCUUCCUCUUCCCUCAACAGUCUCUGAGACACCACCUCUUCAUCCUCUUUAGCCAAUGGGCUGGACCCUUCAGUGUCAUGUUCACUCCCCUCGAUCGUUACAGUGACCGCAACCAUCAGAUCACUCGCUACCAGUAUUGUGCUCUCAAGGCUAUGUCAGCAGUUCUGUGUUGCGGUCCAGUGUUUGACAACGUGGGUCUGUCUACUGAUGGCUACCUCUACAAAUGGCUCGACAACAUCUUGGCCUGCCACGACCUACGGGUGCACCGUCUGGGGUGUGAGGUGGUGAUUCUGCUCUUAGAACUGAACCCAGAUCAGAUCAAUCUGUUCAACUGGGCCGUGGACCGCUGCUUCACUGGAUCUUACCAGCUGGCAUCUGGCUGCUUCAAGGCCAUCGCCACUGUGUGCGGUAACAGGAAUUACCCAUGUGACCUAGUGACCUUGCUCAAUCUGGUGCUGUUCAAAGCCUCCGACACCAGCAGAGAAAUAUAUGAGAUCUCCAUGCAGCUGAUGCAGGUGCUGGAGUCUAAGCUGUGUGCGUACUCUAAGCGCAUGGUGGAGCAGAAGCCUGGUAAUAUUUUGUAUGGAACACACGGCCCCCUGCCUCCUCUCUACAGCGUCAACCUGUCUCAGCUCUCCAUCCAGUUGGCCAGCAUGUACCCGGAGCUCACGCUGCCUCUUUUCUCAGAGGUGAGCCAGCGUUUCCCAACCACCCACCCCAAUGGCAGACAGAUCAUGCUGUCCUACCUGCUACCCUGGCUCAGUAACAUAGAGCUGGUGGACACGGGGCUCCUGCCCCCUGCCUCUAGCCCCUGCACGCCAGAGGAAGAACCUUGUGGUCAGGCACGGGGCAUGGGUCUGUCCCCGAGUCUGAGAGGUAACGGCUGGGGCUCUCUGCAGGCGACCUCGCUGGUGCUCAACAACCUCAUGUUCAUGACUGCUAAGUAUGGUGACGAGGUUCCUGGCCCAGAGAUUGAAACCGCCUGGAACGCUCUGGUGUCCAACGAGAGGUGGAGCAACAACUUGCGGAUCACCCUGCAGUUCCUUAUCAGCCUGUGCGGCGUCAGCAGUGAUACCACACUGUUGCCUUUUAUCAAGAAGGUGGUGAUCUACUUGUGUCGCAACAACACGAUCCAGACGAUGGAAGAGCUCCUGUUUGAGCUGCAGCAGACUGACCCAGUCAACCCAGUGGUGCUGCACUGCGACAACCCUCCCUUCUACCGUUUUGCUGCCAGCAACAAAGCGUCCACCUCACAGACCGGCACCACCUCCAGCAGCAACACCGUGGUGGCUGGUCAGGAGAACCUGCCGGACACAGAUGAGAACAAGCUGGUCAGGGAGGAGGAGCGCAGGGCCAGGGCUCACAACAGACUCGAGUCCCGCUACAGCAACAGCUCCGGAGGCUCGUACGAGGAUGAAAAGACUGACCCUCUCCCGCCCUAUGCUGGCUGGCUUCUGAGUGUCCUGGAGACCAACCAUCCUCAGCCGUUACCCAUGCCUGUUAACGGAGGCUGCUGGGCUCCUCUCGUUGACUACCUCCCAGAAACCAUCACACCCAGAGGACCACUGCACAGGUGUAACAUUGCAGUGAUCUUUAUGACUGAAAUGGUAGUGGACCACAGCGUGAGAGAGGACUGGGCUUUGCACCUGCCCCUGCUACUACACGCCCUCUUCUUGGGUCUGGACCACUACCGACCAGAGGUCUAUGAACACAGCAAACGUCUGCUUCUUCACCUCCUCAUUGCUCUCUCCUGCAACAACAACUUCCAGGUUAUCGCCUCGGUUCUGAUGCUAACGAGAGAGAUCAGUGACAACAAGACCCUCACCAUAAAGUCCAGCUAUCACACAGAGUACCAGCAGUCACAUGCACCUGACUUCCUGCGAGAGUGGCAGACCUCUCCAGUGGUGGACUCUGGCCUCAGCUCCACCUCCAACUCAUCCUCUGCCAGUCUGGGUGGCGGCAGCACCGCGGGCAGUGUUGGAAAUCUGCCCCUUGUGACACCCGACGACCUGGAGGAUCUCGAAGACGCGUCCAACGAGACAGAUGACAAGACAAACAAACUCAUCGAGUUCCUCUCCACAAGUGCCUGGAGUACUGUGUUGUUGUUGCUCAGAUCGUUUGGGCCACUGUGGGUGCACGAGGACAUCACGCCAAAGAACCCCAACUCCAAGAGCACGGAGCAGCUCUCCAACUUCCUACGCCACGUCGUCUCUGUCUUCAAGGAGUCCAAGUCUGACUUCCACCUGGAGCAUGAGCUGAGCGACGUGGCUCUACAGACAGCCCUGUGCAGCUCCUCGCGGCACUAUGCCGGCCGCUCUUUCCAGAUCUUCAGAGCCCUCAAACAGCCAAUCAACAACCACGCCGUCGCCGACCUGGUCUCGCGACUGGUUGAGGUUGUUGGAGAGCAUGGAGAUGAGGUGCAGGGUUAUGUGAUGGAGGUGCUGUUGACGCUGGAGUCAGUGGUGGUGAAUUUAGCAGAGUGUCUGAAAAACAGCGACCUAAUGGCAGCUCUAACCAGGACGUCCUCCCCAGACUUUGUGAUGAGCGACAAACUGAUGAACAGAAAGAGCACAGGUCAGUUGAACUUCCCCGGCCCGGGAUUUGUUGGGCUGUCGUCACAACGCCAUCAGCGCUCCUACUCGGUCCCCAAGAAGUUUGGCGAGUGUGGCAACCAGUCGAGUGAUCCGCCUCGCAGCGCAACUCUGGAUCGCAUUCAGGCCUGUAACAGCCACGGCCUUGCUCGGACAGGAAGAACCCCCGGCUCCUGCACGUCGUCCACCAAUCGCAUCGAUCCCAGCGUUCUAUCGGAUCCCGCCCACAUUUCUCAUCCCUCAUCAAUACUGGCCACUGUCUUCUGGGUGGCGGUGUCACUCAUGGAGUCCGACUUUGAGUUUGAAUAUCAGAUGUCACUUCGCCUGGUUCACAAGCUGCUUUCAAAGGUUCCCUUAGACAGAGCAGAGAACCGCGAGCGCCUCGAGAAGCUGCAGGCUCAGCUGAGGUGGAGCGGGUUCUCUGGGAUUCAGCAGCUUCUGUUAAAGGGUUUCACCUCCCAGUCCACCUCGGACCUCACCUUACAGCUCUUCUGCCAGCUCACGCCCGUCUCCCGCGUGCCCGUCGUCGACAGCUCACAGUCUAUAGGUUUCCCUCUGAAUGUGCUGUGUCUGCUGCCUCACCUGGUGCAGCACUUUGGCCACCCAAAUCAGUUCUGUAAGGAGAGCGCAGAGAGGAUCGCACAGGUGUGUUUGAUGGAGAAGAACACAAAGCUGUCCCAUUUGGCCCAUGUGAUGACUCUAUAUAAGACACGUUCCUACACACGGGACCCUUUCUCCUGGGUCAGUGUGGUGUGCCGCUACCUCCAUGAGGCUUUCUCUGACAUCACACUGAACAUGGUCACCUACAUGGCUGAGCUGCUGGAUAAGGGCCUUCCCAGCAUGCAGCAAUCUCUCCUCCAGAUCAUCUACUGUCUGCUAAGUCACAUGGACCUGACUUCUGUACAAGUCAAACAGUUCAAUGCUGAUGUGACGAAGACCAUUGAGAAGUUUGUCCAGACGGUGCACUGGAAGGAUGCUCUGAACAUCCUGAAGCUAGUGGUGUCACGGUCUGCCAGCCUAGUUCAUCCAGUGUACCGCCACUCGCAGGGUGACCUUUCCAACCUAGAGGUCAGCAGGGUGUGGGACGGUUCAGCCAAAGCUCUGCCUGGGAAAACACUCGACUUCACCUUUGACAUCUCUGAGACUCCAGUGAUUGGGCGUCGGUUUGACGAGCUCCAGGGCUCAGGGGUUAGAGAGGGAAAGGCCAGAGCCAUGGCCGUAACCCGCAGCACUUCCUCCACGUCCUCCGGAUCCAACUCCAACACCAUCCUGGUGCCCGUCAGCUGGAGGCGACCACAGUCAUCUCAGAAAAGAACCAGAGAGAAGCUGGUGAAUGUUUUGUCUCUUUGUGGACAAGAAGUUGGACUCACUAAGAACCCAUCUGUGAUCUUCUCAUCGUGUGGCGACUUGGACAUGAUGGAGGUGCGGGAGAGCGGCGUGUCAUCAGAGGAGGGCGGAACCAGAGAUGACACGCUGGACGACACCGCCAGUGAGCAGCAGUUCAGGGUUUUCCGAGACUUUGACUUCCUGGACGUUGAGCUGGAGGACGGAGAGGAGCUCCAGGGCGAGACCGUCGAUAACUUUAACUGGGGUGUGCGUCGGCGAUCUCUGGAUAGCACAGAGCUGGGCGACCUGUUAGAGGAGAGCCAGCACUCGGGCAGCACCCCCAGUCUGGGUCACGAGGACCCCCACGAUUCAGACGAGUCGUCGGAGGAAGAGGAGUCCUCAACGAGCCAGAGCCUCUCUCACUCACAGCUUACUAACCCUUCUCCGUCAGAGGAAACGAAUCACACUGAUUCUCUGUCUACUUCUUACGACACAUCUGCCGACCCAACGUCCUUCAACGCCACCACACCGGGCAACGGAGUCCUCCAUGAUGACCACACUGGCCUACAUGGGAGGAUGUGUGGCGAGGACGAGGAUACCCACGCCCAGGAUGACGAGCUGUCACUGAGCGCCAACGAGCUGCCUCAGGGCUCCGACUGUGGCGAGAGCUUCACCCUGGAGCUGCCGGGGCAGCCUCAGGACCAGCUGCCCGGUCUGGACCACAGACUCAACCCGGACUACUGCCAACCACCACUGGACUUUCUAGACCCCAACUGUCUGCCCAGCUUACGUGAUGAUGUAGAUGACUUGGAGGACCUUGGUUUUCCUCCUCCCCCCUCUCCAUUUUUCUCCGCCAUCUUGGCAGCCUUCCAACCCACAGUGUGUGACGAUGCUGAGGAGGCGUGGCGUUGUCAUAUCAACCAGCUUGUGACAGACUACGAUGGGUCCUGCGCCGUCUACACCUUUCAAGUCUUCUCAUCUCUCUUUCAGAACAUCCAGGGUAAAUUCUGCACCCUGACAACUGAUGUUGCCACCUACCUCGGAGAGGGCUUGAGGGGCAUUGGCUCAAAGUUCCUCAGGUCCUCACAGAUGCUAACUACAUGCUCAGAUUGUCCUACGAUCUACAUUGAUGCCGACACGAUCAUGUCCUACGGUCUCCUUGAAAAGAUGAAGUUCAGUGCGCUGGAGCUGCAGGAAUACCUGGAUACCUACAACACCAAAGAGGAGGCCGCUGUUUUGUGGCUGAGGAACUGUAGGGACACAUUUCCCAGGUGUCCCGGUGACAGCGUUGUCACCUGUCAGCCUGGAGACUCGGAGGAGAAGCAAAUGGAGUCUCUUGCACAACUGGAGCUUUGUCAGAGGCUCUACAAGCUGCACUUCCAGCUUCUCCUACUCUUCCAGUCCUACUGCUCGCUCAUUGGUCAAGUUCAUGCCAUCAGCUCUGUGCCUGAGCUGCUGAACAUGUCUCGAGAGCUCACGGAUCUGAAGACCAGCCUGCAGGCGGCAGAGGCGGCUGUGGCCAGCGACCUCGAGCACAAACUCUUGGCCCACACUCACGCGCACGCCACCCAGGUGGCCGCCGUGGUCGUGCCCGACUUCCGCACAUCCGAGGCCGCCGUGCAGGCCAUUCUGGAGUGCCUUAAGAACCACGAGUUCACCAAAGCCGUGCGCUACAUCCAGGAGUGCAGGAGGCAGUGGCCCAGCGGAGUGUUCGGCGGCAGCUCAGAGAGCGAGGUCCAGACGCUGCUCAACAUCUAUUUUCGCCACCAAACGCUGGGCCAGACGGGGACCAUCGCCCUGGUCGGCUCCCGCCAGGACCUCAGCCUGAUCUGCUCCAAGCUGCUGGAGCUCAACGGGGAGAUCCGCGACAUGAUCCGCCGCGCCCAGGGUUACCGGGUCGUCACAACCUACCUCCCCGACUCCAGCGUGUCCGGGACCAGCCUCUGACAGGAACCCAGGAGCUCCCCGCCCCCUCCUUCCCCACCCUUACCUCCCCCAUCACUGCUGCCCCUGACCCUUCCAAAACCACCCCCACACCCCGCGCUGCCAUCUCGGCCUGCUCUGACCGAGGAGGCCCAGCACCCACAUACCUGGCCACUGCCUCCUCCUGUGUGUCUGCUGCCCCGGUUGCACAGCGCCAGGCAGAUACCGUCCCACCGCCAUGCCCAACACCAGGACCAGAACCUGUAGACUCUGAUACCGCUUGGCUUGAUUUUCCUAAACCCCCAGACCUGUUCUCAUCGCAUAGCUGCACAUACGCCCGAGGCCACCCAGAUUUUACCCUGCUGCACACACGAGAGCCGAGCAGCAUUUAUCUUGAUGAGAACAUAAAUCUUUAUCAUACUUUCAGAGGACGUUCAUCACACACGCUGUCACAUUUACACGGAACCAAAUACCCAAUAUCGUCUCGAACAUGGAACGCGCUGCAGACCGUAGCCUCAGAACCCACCUUACUCACACACCACGACACAAACGCAUCGCCCAUGACCCCUCGGGGCUCCCACCUCCCACACAUCCCCCGCUCUCCAUACAAACACUCCCCCCCAGCUCUACACCCGGGCCAUGACACAGUCUUAACCCGUGGCCCUGCACCAUCUUCAUCCGUUCUCCCUGCCCCUCCACCCCCUUCCCCCUGUCCCACCGGCCCAGGAGAGGCUGCGGCAUGGGGCUGCUGCUGCUCGCUCGGUGUAGCUGCUACGCCCCUGUCGCGGUACCUCGGGAAGGUGGGGCACGCCGCCCUGCCCCUAUUGAAAGUAGGGGGGCUCCUGAAUGCUGAACCGUCAGACGUCCAGACCUGAGACGUCAAACUUUUCUGGUCCUCGUGAAACUAAUUAUUCCUGACCAACCCUAAGCUCUUUGUAUUUGAGAUACUCAAGAGAGAUUUUACACUUUUAAGAUCAGUGACUCGUGUCCCGGACAUUAUGGGAUGUCUCACUGAAGCCACUGGAUACUACAAAAUUGCUGUACGCUGAAGAUGAAGAUGACCCGAUGCGAUUCUAUCUGAGCACGAGCUUCGCUUUUACAGCUACACGUUGUAAAAUGAAUGUGCUUCUGGUUUAAGUCCUGCGCGAUGGUCAUCGUUCAGCAUCUGAUCUGCUCUGAUUUCUCGCUUCCCUCCCAGAGGAACUCGACUGCUGCUGCUGCUGCCUCUUGUCAGGAAGAACAUAGUUUGCUGGUUGGAUCGCCAGAGACAAGUGAGGAAACUACCUGUGUAGAGUUUUUACGAUUGCACUAAAUGGUGAGUUUUGGUAUUAAAUUGAGAAAUUUGUUACAGGGGGGCAGUUUAUGGUACUGUUCGUUUUGUUACUGUCUGACUUUCACAGAGAAAGAAAAGCCAAAAUCUGGAGUAACUUUUUCUCUCCCGUCGCGUCUCUACUGUUCCGAGGAAACGGUGCAAUGCAUGACCCAGCCGAAUGCUGUCUACUGUACACUCCCUGUGCGUCCCUUUCGCUCCCCUUAAAAAGUCUGCCCCCUCCAGACCGACUGAAAAGACUGACUGAGAAGGAGCGGAUGCAGCAUAUUCAGCAGUAAUUUCCUCACGCUGCCCCUCUCUUGCUCUGGUGUUUAUAUUCUGUGUCAGUGAACCAGCUCGUCCUCCGGCUACUGUCGUAAACGUUGGUGGACCGACCCGGCCCCCUUGUCUGUGCGUGACGCACACACUCCUCUGUGGCUAGUCGUAACGUCAUUAGCGAGCGUGCACACUGUAUAUUUCUCACUGUCUGACACUGUAACACUUUGACCUUAUGUGUUCACAUGCGAAGAGUAUGGUGCAUGCACACACUCAAAUAUUCUGUCCGUCUGUAUACUGUUCGAUAGUUAUGGGCACACAACCAUAGUAGCAGCUGUCCUUGUGUGGUUUGUAGUUAUCUUACACGUGAGGGAAAGCUGACAUUCAGCUCCCUUCGUUGAUGUUCAAAACAGAAACUUGUGCUACUACUGAAGUCAAAAACUUCCUGUCGUCAGCCCCUUUCAGUGACUCUCCCAUCGUCUCCCCCUCUAGCAGUCACUCCCCCUUUGCUGUACAAAUCCCCCCCCCCCCUAUUUAUAUCUGAUCAGCUAUAAAUCGACACUGAUUUGACUUAGGUUUUAUAUUGAUGUUUGUCCUCUCAAAUCAAACUGCCAUGCAUGCAUCUUCUGUGUACCGUAUGGUGUUGGAACUAUUUAUUAUUUUAUCUGAAAGAUACGUUUGUAUGAGGUACAAAAGGGAGCUUUAAGCUCAUGCGGGUAUGUUUUCUUUUACUUUUACUGCCUAAUCUACUUACCAUGUGUGUGGGAGAGUGUGUGCGUGCGCAUGCCAAACAUGAAAUUGCACAUUUUUAAAGCUUUUUAGAUGAAGACUGUAGAUUUUUUUUUCCACCUUGUAAAUACUUUUACAGCCUUUGUGAAGUUGUUUUGAGUUGAUGCUCUGUACAAGUCGGUGUCAAAGUAAAGACAUAUCAAUUA